AUGGCCGCUGUGACGCAGAACACGCCGCCGCAGGCGCCUCCGCUGUUCAACCACACCCCCGAGUCCAUCGCCAGCGUCGCCGAGGACCUCGCCGUACGUGCCAAGGCCAUCAUUGACAAGGUCGUGGCAAGCACCACCGUCGAGAACGCCACAUUUGAGAAUACGUUCAAGCCUCUUCUCCUGCAGGACAACAUCACCGACCCCAUUGGCGGCGUCAUCUGCUUCUACCACUAUGUCAGCACAGACGCCGCCCUCCGAGAGGCCUCUGUCAAGGCCGAGGAGAAGCUGUCCGAGCUUGGUGUCGAGCUUCGCAUGCGCGAGGACAUCUUUCAGCGCGUCAAUACUGUGUACCAGAACCGCGAGACUGCUGGUCUGGACCCCGAGGCUCUGCACAUUGUGGAGACUGAGCAUAAGCGGUACAGCAACAAUGGUCUUUUGCUCCCAGCCGGCGCCGCGCGCGACCGCUUCAAGGAAAUCCAACUGGAACUCAACCGGACGACGAUUGAGGCCAGGAACAACGCCAAUAGCGAGAUGGGCGGUAUUUUCUUUACCCCUGAAGAGCUCGCGGGCGUUCCUGAGACAGCUGUCAACGUCUCUGAGCUUGAAAAGGGCACUGGUGAGAAUGAAGGCAAGUUCAAGGUUGGUUUCAAGCCCGACAUUAGCAUUCCGCUGAUGGAGCAUGCCACCCGGCCGGAAACCCGCCGCGAUUACCUCAUUGCCAAGGAAAACAAGCUUAACAUCAACACCCCUCUCUUCAAAAAGAUCCUUCUUCUACGAGACGAGGCUGCGAGACUUAUUGGAUACAAGGAUCACGCUGCGCUCAAAAUCUCCGAGAAAAUGGCAAAGACACCGGAAACUGUCAACACGUUCCUAGCAGAUAUGCGAGUUCGUGCCGGCGCUGGGGUGAAGAAUGACAUUGCUCAACUCCUCAAACACAAGAAGGCUGAGCACGAAGCACGUGGCCUUGAAUUUGACGGUGAGCUGUACCUUUGGGACGUCAAUUACUACGAGCGCAUCCAAAAAGAAAAGGAAUACAGUGUGGACGAGCAGGCCAUCUCGGAAUACUUUGCGUUGUGGCCCACCUUUAACGGCAUGCUCAGCAUUUUCCAGAAGCUCUUUGGCCUACGCUUCGAGGAGCUCGACGAGGCUGCCCGCACCAAGCUGAGCGCGACCGGCAACGCCAAAGAUCUUACAUGGCACGAGGACGUCAACCUGUAUGCCGUCUACGACGCCGACUCGACGUUUAUGGGCUACCUGUACCUGGACAUGCACCCACGAGACCACAAGUACAGUCACUACGCCAACUUUGGCAUUGGCCCCGGCUCGACGGACAACAGCGACGGGCGCCACCAGCCCUUCACGACGCUCGUGUGCAACUUUCCCAAGCCGACCAAAGAGAAGCCCGCGCUGCUGCAGCACAGCGACGUGGUGACGCUGUUCCACGAGCUGGGCCAUGGCAUCCACAACCUCGUCUCCAAGACCAACUAUACCUGGACGCACGGCACACACGUCUCGCGCGACUUUGUCGAGGCCCCGUCGCAGAUGCUGGAGCACUGGUGCUGGGUGCCGCACGUCCUGAAGGAGCUGUCCUCACACUGGGAAACCAAGAAACCCAUCUCGGACGACCUCAUUGCCAACCUCAUCAAGACCAAGAACGUCAACGGCUCCAUAUUCAACCUGCGGCAGCUCGUCUACAGCACGUUUGACAUGGUCAUUCACGGGCCCGAGUCCCGCGAGGCCCUUGAGGCCAUGGAUAUCCCCAAGGUGUGGAACGAGCGUCGCGCGGAGGUGUCGGGUAUCAAAGGCCCCGAGUCGACUGGAUACGGCCCGCACUGGGGCGAGGGCUUCAACAACGUGGGCCACUACAUUGGUGCAUACGACGCCGGGUACUAUGGCUACAUGUACUCCGAGGUCUUCUCGGCCGACAUGUACUAUACCUCCUUCAAGGCCGACCCUCUCAACUCGGAGCAAGGCCGCCGCUACCGCCACAUUAUUCUGGAGCGGGGCGGCAGCAGGCCUGAGAUGGACCUGCUCAAGGAGUUCCUGGGCCGUGAGCCCAACUCGGAUGCCUUUUUCAAGGACUUGGGUCUGGCAUGA